UGGCGGUGCCCUCGUUACAAAGGAGGCUGUUGAUGAUCACUUGUUAGCCAACUUAUUGUAAAUAACUGCGAAAUAUUCGUACAGCUGUCUGCGUUGGGCGAUUUACCCCGACGAAUACAUGUUAAAGUCCAGUGCAGCGGGUCCAUCCACCGUUGCCUCUCCUCAGCCAAUGAAGGAAUCCAAGGAGAAUUUGUCAAUGUUCGGCCAAGGAAUCCUGGACCACAUCAAGCCAUGCUGGUACUGGGACAAAAAGGAUUUGGCCCACACCCCCUCACAGUGUGAAGGCCUGGACCCCGGCACAGAGGCCCGGUACCGGAGAGAAGGAGCCCGCUUCAUAUUUGACGUGGGGACCAGACUUGGCCUACACAAUGACACACUGGCAACAGGCAUCAUAUAUUUCCACCGCUUCUACAUGUUUCACUCCUUCAAGCAGUUCCCCAGAUAUGUGACAGGUGCUUGCUGUCUUUUCCUGGCUGGGAAAGUAGAGGAAACCCCAAAGAAGUGUAAAGACAUCAUCAAAACAGCCCGCAGCUUACUGAAUGAUGUGCAGUUUGCCCAGUUUGGAGAUGACCCAAAGGAAGAGGUGAUGGUGUUGGAGAGAAUUUUGCUCCAGACUAUCAAAUUUGACCUGCAGGUGGAGCACCCUUACACAUACCUGCUUCGCUAUGUCAAGCAACUCAAAGGUGAGAAGAAUAAAGUGUGCAAGGUGCUACAGAUGGCGUGGACAUUUGUCAAUGACAGCCUGUGCACCAUGCUGUCCCUGCAGUGGGAACCAGAGAUCAUUGCGGUAGCCGUCAUGCACCUGGCCGCCCGCCUCUGUAAGUUUGACAUUCAGGAGUGGACCGCCAAGCAGUCGUCACGCCGCUGGUGGGAGCAGUUUGUCCAGGACGUCCCAGUUGAGCUGCUUGAAGACAUUUGCCACCAGAUCCUUGACCUGUACUCUCAGGGCAACAAACCCAUUCCUCAGCAGAUGCAGGAAAAGGAGCGGGCGCCUGCCCCUCCAGCCCCCGCUCCUCCGGCCUCACAGGGACAACCACCAGCCGCCAACCCUCCUCCACCGCCACCAAAGAAGACUUCCCCUCAGGGAGGCAGCCCUGCACGCCAGCUCAAACGCUCACAUACAUCCCCAAAAGAUGAACCAAAGGCUCCAGAACAAGUUGGAUCAAAGAUUCCUCGGCUGGAGAGCCCCAUGCCCCCUCUGCCCACACUGCAGCCUCCCCCAGACCGCAAAGCCCCAGCUCCAGCCCCUCCCACGGAAGCAGAACCAGGAAGUGAAGCAGCUCCGCCUCCCCCGCACGCUCCCCCUCCGCAUCAACAGCCCCCUCCCCUGCCCCAUCGCCCUCCUCCACCUCCGCCCUCCAACUACAUCAUGUCCACCACCAGCUCCUACAUGUCCGGAGAGGGCUUCCAGAGCCUGCAGUCAAUGAUGAAGACAGAGGGGCCCUCCUACGCCCCCAUGCCGCCCAGCUACGCUCCCCCAAUACCGCCAUAUCACCCCCAUGUCUAUCCACCGCCUGCAGCACCACCUCCAGGCCCUCCGCCUCCUCCUUCCACCUACCCCCCACCCAGCUUGCCGCCGACGUAUCCGCCACCUGGCUACAACAGCUAUCCUCCCCUACCGCCCCCACGCAUGCCACCGGGCCACGUACCCCCUCCAGGUAUAGGUCUCCCACCUGCUGGGUACCCUCCUCCACCUCCUGUGCCCCCAGGACAGUCACAGGUGCCCCUGCCCCCUCCGCCUGGCAUGCCUCUGAACCGCGGUGGGUGGAUGAGAUGAGAGCGUGACAGUCUAUGAACUGAAUGUGUGCAGAGCCCCAGCUGGGGAGGGAGCAGGAGAGAGAGAACAACCAGGAUCUGGUGUUAUUCUGGUACAAAUCGAGGGAGAGCUUGUUCACCUCCAGAAUGACUUUUUUGAUGAGGUUCUUAAAGAAGGCUUAACAACACAUAGACCUGAAAGGAAAAGUUAGGUCUGGACAGGAUUGUUAUGAGAACCUGAACUGGCACUGAAAGUGAGAAAAAUCCUGAAAUAUUUUUGAAAAUAAAAGGCUUAAACAUGUACUGGAUGGUACGUAAUGUGCCUAGUUCCAGGAUCUUGUAAUAAGCACUGUCCACUCAUCAGUCUUGUUCUGGAAAUGCACCAGGAAAUAUUAGCACCCUGAAUUUUUUUUUUUGUGUGUCACUAAUUGUGUGCGAAUGAAAUGUACCAUUUUUGCUUAAAGGUAUACCAUGCAGGAUAUAUCGGUCACUGUUUGUAAACACAACAUUCAAACUCAGCCCCGAGUCAACGCCAUCAGAAGCCGGCUUGUAAACUGCAAGCUAAUAUUGUAGGAACAUUACAUUUGUUGUAAUGGAAAAGCAGAUACUUCGGCAAGCUAACGCAGCUAACCGCCGGCACCUACCUGUCCAACAGAAAACAGGCCUGUAGGUAAACAUGCCUUCACACGUUUCUAAUGGGUCAUAAGUGAUGAUUGUGAUUGUUACUCUUGUAUCAGUCUAUACAUUGUUUUUUAGGAAAAUCCUGCUUAGUAUACCUUUUUGAGUAGAUAAAAGGUUGAUCACCCUGAUCAUGUGUUUUGGUUUUCCUUCAUUUCCUGUCAUACCAGUGUCCUUUUCCCCACAAUCUGUUUUGCUGAGAAAAUUAGAGCAUAAUUAAGCUUGAGAUGGCUGAGCAUCCGGUAGUCAAAUAUAAAAAGGACUCUCUCACUGAAAGACAUGAUUAUACAGUUUGUCCUUUUUGUCAUAUUACUUUUAUUCUGUGAAAACAUUGAGGCCAUGUUGCAAGAUGUUUGUGCUACCAUUAGACUCUUAGUUCUUAUAUCCUGUCACAUUUUUGUGAAUCAGCACUGUAGACGGUAUUACAGUUAUCACACCAACUGUGUCUAACACUGGACAGUCUAAGGUUAAUAUUUGUACAUAUCUGAGCUUUUCAUUUAGGCUUUUUGUUUGUUUUGAGAGUUUCUAUCCAUAUGUGCCUUAGUCAGGCUCCUCUUUUCUGUAUCCUGCACACAGCUUUGGUUAUGUGUCUGAGUGGCACUUAGGACAAUAAAGAUCUGCUUUUCCUA